AAAUUAAAUUACAAAAACGAAAAAAUCAAGAUGGAGGGAAAUCUUUGUCCACUCGCGGAAAACAACAAGCCAUUUGUCUUUGGAGGCAUUUACCGCACAAAGUGAAAGUGUGUGUAUUCAUUACAAUUGUGAACUCAUUUGCAAUAGCCACUAAAAGCGGGUUAAUCGAAAGUGCAAAGUCUGCACUGCAGAUCGUUGUCCGAAUUCCACCAGCAUCCACAAUGCACCCUCCAGCCCACCCCCACCUUUCCCUCUUCCAUAGCAUUUGUAUCCCACCCAUUUGGUCAGUGCACUCAUUCCACUCCCUUCGUGCUUUCGAUCAACCAGAGAUGGCUAGCACUGCGAUGGUUUCACGCUGGACUUGCGGUUAUCGCUAACUUUUAUGGCUACUGAAAAUGCAUUCACCCAAAAUUGUAACUAAAAUUAUUAGUUUUGCGUCAGAUAGCAAUGCCCAUUCACUCCACCGAAAGUGCCCGAAACGAGCCGGCGACCAUGAGCUCAGCCGAUGACCGAAGGAUCCCCAUAACUAUACUAUUCCAAGUCCAAAAUGAAUUCGUGUUUGAUUUGUUUCUUACUAAAAUAGAAAAAAUUUAACUUAUUUUAGAAUUGUGUAACUUAUAGAGCACUAGUCAUUAAAAAUUACUCUAUUUUUGCAUAUCGGAGAAAAUUCUAUUAGAAUUUGAAUUUGAUUUUCUCGAACCUCGCUGCAACAGAAUACAUUAACGAAAAAUUAACUCACCAUAAGACUGCAUUUAUUUCUUAAUCGGACUUUGCUGUUUUUAAACCCCUAAAAUUAAUGAGGGAAUUGUUACCCUACCCUAGAUCCACAGUAGCUGGGCAGGUGGCUCCGUUGGUGCGGAGCUUCGUUUCGGGGCACUUGGGUCGCAGGAAUGGCCAUGGCUAUUUCCUGAACUAUGGUUUUAAGUUGACCAGCCGACCACCCUGACGCUUCCUGAAUCCCAAUGCCACCGUCAAGCCUUUGAUCCAAAUGCCGUUGCAGGCCGCCAAUGUCCAGGAGCAGCAGUCUCCUCCGGUGGCUUCAUAUCCGACACCGGCCACUCCGGUGGCUGUUCAGCAGCCAUCGACUCCUGUCCCCGUUCAAGUGCCGAACUCGUCCGUCCAGCAGGAAAAUCCGGAUGCGGACGCCAUCGCCUCGAAGCUGCCCUUGCCAGUUAUCAUCAAGGAGGAGCCGAUCUCUGGCGACGAUGAACCGUCCGUCGACAUUAUAGAGGACAAUACCAGUGCCAGCGGCAUCGGGGGCAAGAUCCCAUUUAAAAAGAUCUUCCAAAAGCGCAAGAAGUCGUCUGAACGCACUCGGGACAAGAAGCUGCGACAGAACCGCCAGCUGCGCAAGUCCAUGCUCCCCAAGAACGCUCUGAUGGCCCUCAACGAGGUUAAGGGCGUGACCAUCAGCGAUUUCACCAUCGUCAGCAAUACCGACGGGGGAUUCACGGCCGUUGUCACUGUGAACUCCAAUCAGUACGAGGGCAAGGGUACCUCAAAGAUGACAGCCAAGAACGCGGCCUGCGAGAAGGCUUGGCGCGAUUUUAUAAUUGCGAAGAUGACGCCUAAGCCUCCCCGUAUUCACCAGGUGGAGAUAGGUGCGGAGCCAAUAGACACUAAAGAGGAUGAGGCCGAUGCACCGGAUGAUGAUCUGCCCAUGUUGAAUCUGGCUUCGUUUGCCAUCUACAAGCUGUUCGCGGAGUGGGAGCGCGAGGGCUAUGUCGUACCCGAGAUGAACGCUUCGGCCAAUGCUGCCCAGCAGGCCGGAGAGGAUGCCGGAACUCCAGUUCCCGCCGCGCCGAAGGAGCCAAAGAAGCCGCCAGUGCGUACGGAGCUACCCUCUGGCUGGGAGACCAUGCACCCGGCGACCAUUCUUUGCAUUAUGCGCCCGGAACUCAACUACGUGAACUACGGGUCAUCUGGCGACAAUACCAACGGCAUGCAGCAUCUGGGAAUCACGGUGGACAACCAGGAAUUCCACGCCCACGGCAGAUCCAAGAAGAUCGCCCGUCGCAACGUGGCCGUGAAAGUGUGCAACUCUCUAUUCGGCACAAACUUCACCUACGACGACACCACUUAAGACACCAACUCCAGCCGCAGACUCCAACUGCCGACAGCAACACACCUCGCCAACACGCCUCUCUUAACGGCCAGCAAUCAGAAGAUUGCGUCCCU